GUCACGUUGAACGCCAUGGGCCGCCGCUUGAACGAACGAACGAAAACCGAACACGGGCGUUCAGCGUGGCGUGACGUCAGCGCGUAUGUGACAGUUAAAUGCUACCGCGCGCUUUGUCAUCCGUCUGUCUUCGCUCGGCUGUCGGAGGGAGAAGACGUAAAGAAGGAGAGACACAGAAGGAAGAGACGGAGAGAGGAGAGAGGAUCCAGCAGGAUGCACGGUCCACGCUCCACGCUCCUGGGACUCACGCUUGCUAUCCUGGCGACGGCGGCUGCCUUUAACCCGAUCUUCAGGGAGAACGAGAUGGCCUGGCGGGAUCUGUUCCUGGCGUUCGACAAGGCCGAGCGCGAGCCGGUGGUCAAGUCGUAUGACCUGAGUUACCUCACAUUCGAACAGCAAGACAUGCUCAAGUCAGUCGCCGACAUCGCAGAGCUUGCCAACCUCACGGGCUUGCCUCUGAUGGACGAGGACCCAACCGAAGGCCUCCGGAUCGGGUUUCGAAGCCUCUCGCCACCGGUUCGAACGCGCAGACGUAGACAGUACGAGAAGCUCCCCGAGUGCAAACCCAGGAUCGUCAACGAGCCGGUCGAGCAGCACCACGACGGGAUGAGGACGAUUCCCACGUGCAUCGAGAGGAAGGUCUGCGGGGGAUGCUGCUCGGUGGGGCGGCUCUGCGUUGCGACCAAGACCCACCCCAUCUCGCAACAGGUGAUCCAGCUGGGCACCAACAGCGCCACACCUGUGCUCCUCAACGUGACCGAAGAUGAGGAGUGCGAGUGUGUCUGCAAGGUCAAGGCGUCGGAUUGCCCCAACACACAGAGGCAAGAGUACGACCAGGAGCAUUGCAUGUGCAGGUGCAAAAGUUCGCUCCGAGAAGAAAAGGCAAAGUGCGAGAGUGUAGGUAAUUUUUGGGAUUACAACAGUUGCCGCUGCGUCUGCCGAUCUCUGGCAGGGAGGGAGUGCUCUUCUGGAUACUUUUUUGAUGAGUUAUCCUGCCGACCUGCGAGUUCAGACAGGCUUCAGUAGCGGAUACAUUCAGACGAAACUUUGAACUCAUAAGAACCACCACAGUAAAACCGGCGAACUUCUCUGAAGAAUCACCAGGCAAGCAACCCUCCACCCUUAUGCGUUGCUGUUGUCGCAUUGCCCAGACCUCAAGCCGUGUCAAGACCGUGCGUGCUUCGGACAUUGUUCCCUCGAUUACACAGGUCAAGUUAAGGUCGACGCCCAUAUCAUUAGAGAGCAAAAGCAAG